CAGAAGAACUCCAACUCCAGUUCUUGUAAAUCUCCCACUCCUCCUUUCUCUCUCACUUUCUCUGUCUUCCUCCUCCUCAGAAUGCCGAGCACGCUAGGAAGGAACUUAAAUCUCUGCUUCACAAAGAUCAAACGGCCACUGUUGACUCUCCAAUCCCCUCCCAUCGACGAUCACCGUUCUUUACCAACAACCACCUCCACCGCCACCGCCUCCGGCUCCGGCUCCACCGCCACGUCAUCCUCAACUCUGAUAAAAAACUUCAACUCCCUCUACGACGGAGACCACGCCUGCUUCGACUCCGCCACCACCUCCUGCUCCAUCAAGUCCUCCGAUCUUUCCACCUCCGAAACCGAAAACGACACCGACACCGCCGCCGACUUCGCCACCGUCUUCGCGUCCCAGCGGUUCUUCUUUUCCUCCCCCGGCCGCUCUAACUCCAUUGUCGACCAGUCCUCCUCCUCCUCCACGUCGUCUUCCUCGGACCUCCACGCGCCCUUCAAGCACAACAGCGUGGCGGUCCCCACGUACUCGCCUGACCCCUACCUCGACUUCCGGCGCUCCAUGCAGGAGAUGGUGGAGGCGCGCGAGCACCAGACCGAGGACGAGAGCGUGAAGAUCAAAUCUAACUGGGAGUUCCUGCAUGAGCUGCUCUUGUGUUAUCUCGCGCUCAACCCUAAGAGCACUCACAAGUUCAUCAUCGGCGCAUUUUCCGAUCUCCUUGUCAGCCUCCUCCCCUCCCCCAAAGAUCCCGACUUCACCGCCGGCGUCUGCGAGAUUUCCCGGUGCAGUUAAAUCAUGUGUGUUAUUAUGGAGCAGUAAAAUGUAAUACAUUAUGAGAUCAACUUUAUUCUUGUUAUGAAUCACAUCAAGCUUGUGACCUUGUCCGUCAUCUUCUCUGGUCCUUGUUUCUAUCUAUGCAUAUAUGGUUCUGACUUCUGAGUAGUUCAUUUCAGGUUCAAUAUUAUAUGUUAGAUUUUGUUGGGAAAAUGAAAAUUGGCAGUGUGUAGCACUGUAGCUUAUAACAAGGCUACUUAGCCUAGGCAGGCUGCAGGCUAGGUUGGGAAAGUGCAGGAAGUACAACCUCCUCCAAUUAUGAUUCAUGUUUUUUGUAGCAUGGGAAAAGUGGCAAUAAUGGAACUUUUUAGGCUUA